AACCGCCACAGCGUUGCGGUCGCUGUCGAAAAUCGAAUUAAGUCAACGCAAAGACAUUUUGAGUUUUGACUGUUUAAUGUUUUAAACUUUAACUUUUCAGUUUUCGAGUUUUGAUAAUUUCGUUCUUGGUCUAUGCGUUAUUAUUAAUUUUAUUAUUUUCUAUAAAUUUGAGUGUUCGAUAUACAAUUACGUACUUUUAUUAAUAAUGCCUAAAAAUCAGUACCAGUGUUCAGUGCAGGGAUGUAAAGAAAAGUAUAUUAUGACACACCGGUUUCCAAAUCCUCGAUUACAUAAAGCUCGGCUAUUAGAUUGGAUAAGACUAGUUGGAUUAUCAAAUAUGAAUCCAGAAAUAGUGUACAACAAAAAAAGAAUUUGUCACUCUCAUUUUUCAGAUGACUGUUUUAGUCCUGGUACAAAGAGGCUUAAUGCUAAUGCUUAUCCUACCUUAUUUAUGCCUGUGUCUAGUAGUGAGGUUACAUAUUUUAUACAUGAUGUUCCAUCUGAGCACCAGACAUUACAACAACACAGCACACCGACUAACCAACAUUUCAAUUUGGAAACCUCCUGUAAUGGUGUUGAUAAUGUUUCAAGUAUUAAAGUGGCUGAUCCUCCAUCGCUUUGUAGUUCAGAUAAUCUUGAUGUAUCUGGAGUUGAAAUUUUGAAUUUGGAAAAUACUGAUACAGAAACUACAAUAAUUAUGGAUAAUGUCAUGAGUAAGUUAUUUGUUUCGAGUUGUAUGCAAGUAUUAUUGUUAUUUAAUUAUUCAUUUAUUUUAUUAUACUAUUAUAUUUAUUGCACCAAUAUUGGCUAUUCACUGCCUUGGCAUGUGAUGCUUUAAUGCUUUGAUUAUUUUUUUUGCUUAUAAAAUAGGUUCUAGUAGUGUAGCUGGAAGCUCAAAAGUUAGUAAAGCUGCUCAAAAAAAUGCAAAUAAUCAAUCUGGUAUUUUUGCUUAUUCGUUUAGUAUAAUAUUUAGGGCACGAAAUUUAAUAGUGUACCUACCAAUUUUUUACAUUAUUAUAAAACUUUCUUGCCUUAAUAAUAAGUAAUAAUAUUACAUCUAUAAACUUUAACUAAUGUAAUCAAUUUUAACUUUAGGUCUGUUAAAAAAAGUAGGAUUUAGUCGUUGCAAACAACUAACGCCUAAUUGCAGAAAAUUUUAUGGUAUUACCAACAAAUUAAUAAAGCAACUUAAAAAACAAGGAGCCAAAAAACAAUUAUUUAAGCAGAAAUUAAAGGCAGCAGAGCGUAAGUCUGAAAAGUAUCUUAAUGAUAACUUUUCGGAGAAAAUGACAACCGCCGCUUCGUUAUUUACUAAAUUGCAAUUAAGAGAAACCAAAAAAAAAAAUAAAGGUCGAAGAUUCACUUUAGACGAAAAAAUAAUGAGUUUAUCUUUGUAUAAGCGGAGCCCAAAAUGCUAUCGUAUGUUGUCCAUCAUGUUUACUCUGCCAAGCCCUAAAACAUUACAAAAUGUUUUAAGCAGUGUGUCGAUAACUACUGGAGUCAGUCCAAUAGUUAUGAAAGUGCUUAAAGAAAAAUCUGAAAAGUUGAAACCACUUGAAAGAUUUUGUUCAUUGAUGUUCGAUGAAGUGUGUCUAAGCAGUGGUUUACAUUACAACAAAGCGACAGAUCAAAUUGAUGGGUUUGUUGACAGUGCAUCUAACAGAAAUCAAGAGUAUGCUGAUCAUGCACUGGUGUUUAUGAUCCGUGGCAUAAAAAAAAAAUUUAAACAACCAGUAGCAUAUACUUUUUGUCAAGGUGCUACAAAACAUGAAAAAUUGGCAAGUUUAUUGAAAGAAGUAAGAAUAAAAUUAAUUAUGAAAUUCGAUACAUAAAUGUGGGAUUAUCUGUAUCUUAUUUGGUAUUAUAUCUCUUAUCAUAAGUUGUUAGUCAGUGUGAA